UCUUUGGUUAGUGAAGGAGAAGGGGGAGCGAAGCAUUCAGGCAGCCCUCGCACUGAGAAUUAGUGUGAAUGUACUGCUGUCAUUGACGAGGGAGAGAAAUUCCCAGCCACGUAAAUACUAUUAAUACAUCGCGGGAGAAGAUGGCUUGCUGAAAGGGAUCGGCCCCGGAUCAGUCGGCCAUCCCUUCUUUCCACUCACAAGAAGCCGGCUUUUGGGCUGCAGCUUUUGCGUCCAGUACAAUUCAUAAAAGCCUGGAGCUUCCUUACCAAAAUUCGGGAGUUAUUCUGUCACUGAAUUUUAUGCCGGGAGGCCUACAAAGACUGUGUCUGUUUAAAAAUCGGCAACCACUGAGCUUGACUUGCCCUUGAAUGCACUUUGCCAGCUUUGCAUUUGACAGCUAUUUUCUCAUUUAUUUGCUGUGUUUUGCUCGUGCAUUUUUUCGAGAGACCUAUUGUUAAGGCAUCGAAGGACGACCCCCCCCCCCCCGCAGUAUUGUUGUAAUUUUAUUUUAAGGAAUUGUUUUGUGCAUUGUAGAAAGAGUUUUCAUCGCCGCCUACAGCGCAUUUUGAAAGAUCUACGUUACUGUAAUCACCUGGUUGUUACCCCCAGUUUAAUAAAAGUAUUGCCAAGUGGAAAUGGAGCUCAGAGGACAUCUGUAAGGAACGGUAACCCCAUAUGCACCGGUGCCAUUCCAGCCUAGUUACUUCGAGGAAAUACGCAUAUGCCCUUUGUUUGUAUUGGCAACUGAGCACGCAUUAGAAGGACUGCAGGCGCCGAGAGCUACUUAAUUCAUCUUGUGUUCUAGAACUGUUGUUUUUCAAAUUGAUGUUUUUUUUAUUAUUUAAUAAGCUAAUAUUCUGACUGUUAAUCCUUUGCAGUAAAGAACUGAGGGCACUUCAGAUCUGUCAUACAAAAAAGGUGCAGACCAUCUGGAAUUGUAUGCAGCAGUAGACACAUUACGUCGAUCAGUGGUGCGGUUGGAAGAUUUUUUUUCCUGCAAACGCGAAAAAGCCAGUUGUUUUUGUUUUUUGUCUCUGGUUUUAAGCGUCCCUACUCAUGAACAUACCAAGAUCCAACCCUAUUAGCAUUACGCGAUAUGGGCGAUCAAGACAUAAAAGUCAAGAGUUGGAGGAGGUAUCCUGCAUCCGGACUCUGGAAUCGAACAGUCACAGUUUCAGUCCGAAUUUAGGCUCCCCCAGCCCUCCAGAGACCCCGAAUUCGUCCCACUGCGUAUCACAAAUUGGGAAUUAUUUGUUGUUGGAGCCCCUUGAGGGAGACAACGUUUUCCGAGCAGUGCAUUUGCAUAAUGGAGAGCAGCUGGUCUGCAAGGUAUUUGAUGUUGGCAGGUACAGGGAGUUGUUAGCACCUCAUUUUUGCUUAUCUCCGCAAGACAAUAUUAAUCAGAUUACUGAAAUUCUUCUUGGUGAGACAAAUGCCUACGUUUUCUUUGAAAGAAGUCAUGGGGACAUGCAUUCAUUUGUACGCACCUGCAAAAAACUCAAAGAAGAGGAAGCUGCUAGACUGUUCUAUCAGAUAGUUUCUGCAGUGGCGCACUGCCAUAACCAUGGACUGGUAUUGCGAGAUCUCAAGCUGAGGAAGUUCGUAUUUAAAGAUGAAGAGAGGACUCGAGUGAAGUUGGAAAGCUUGGAGGAUGCUUAUGUUUUUCAUGGCGUUGAUGACUCUCUUUCCGACAAACAUGGUUGCCCAGCUUAUGUUAGUCCAGAGAUUCUAAACACCAGUGGCAGCUAUUCUGGUAAGGCAGCUGAUGUGUGGAGCUUGGGUGUCAUGCUUUACACUAUGCUAGUUGGACGGUAUCCUUUCCACGACGUGGAGCCUAGUUCACUUUUCAGCAAAAUACGUCGUGGACAAUUUAACAUUCCAGAGACACUUUCUCCAAAGGCAAAAUGUCUUAUCCGCAGUAUUUUGCGUCGGGAUCCCUCUGAGAGGCUGACCUCACAAGAAGUACUGGACCAUCCUUGGUUUUCUACGGAUUUUAGUGCCUCCAGUUCCACAUAUGGUGCUAAGGAGGUUUCUGAUCAACUGGUGCCUGAUGUGAAUAUGCAAGAAGAGUUGGACCCCUUUUUUAAUUGAACAUGUUUAUGUUUGCUCAAAAGGCACAAGCUCUGUCCCUGAUCACAUGAAGGAGCCCUUCCUGACCUAGUUAUUUCCCUGCAUCAGUGUAGCUUGAUGCAACAAUGUCUUGGGGAUGUCAUGUUCCUUCAUUUAUAGAGAGCACAAGUGGGAGAAACAACCGUAUGCAUGAAACUAAUGUGAAGACACGGGAGCUGUGCUGUUGGGCUAGAGUGAACUCAGAAGAUGAGGCAUCAUGGAGCUUCUCAACUCAUGGAGCCAGGCUGAACACUGACUGUACUCACAGGAGCUGUGCAGCUGGUCACAUCUGAGGCCUAGCUGUAGAUUACAGUAACCUAUUCUUAGCCUCAAAACACUUAUUUUGGCAUCGCACUGUUAGGUAUGGUUUCUGUCUGCCAUUAUUCUAGGAAGUCGUAUUCUCCUAGAAGUGUUUUUUUUUUUGUAUUGCUAAAUUUAAUUUCUAAUGAUUAAUGUGAGUAAUAAUAUUGGUGCACAUGGACUGUCCUAAAAUGCGGGUGCUAAAACAAAAAAAAAAUGAAAGGAAAAAGAAAUUCAUUUAAUGUCUUUAAAAAGCUAUUUUUAAAAGUUGUGCAACUGAACUUCAUAUUUCUUCUUGGUAUAAUUAGUGUUUAUGUCUGGAGAUGGCAUUCUUGUCUGGAAUUUGCAUUUAAUGCUUUUGCCUCCUCAACUAGAGAAAUAACUUAUUUAAUGAGCUUUUAUGUUUAGUGUCAAACGCUCUGCUGCAAGAAGCUAUUAUUACAGAUUUCCAGAUAAAUACUUGAGACAAUAGUCAACAAUAAAAGCAUAUUCAGGGUUUAAAAUAUAUUCUCCCUAAAUAUGGUUAGUGGCACGGAAUGAUUUUGAAAGGUGGGGUCAGUCUUUCUGACUGAGGUUCAGAAGAGAAUAAGCUGUCACAAAAAUACUGUACUUUUAACAGAGGGCAUUUAAAAAUAUAUAUAUUUAAACACACACACACACACACACACACACACACACACACACACACACACACACACACACACACACACACACAUUUGAUCCCAUUUUUCUGUGGUUUGCUUUUUAAUUUGUAUGUAUGGGGGGGGUUGUGCUAUAACCCUGGUCUGGUUGACACGGUAUAAUGCUGCUUAUCCUACAAGCUAGUACAUUUUGUACAUCUAGAAUAAGUCUGUUUUAAAUUUACUAAAUGUCAGUUUUAGGCACAGAAUUGAGCUUCGAGCUGUUGCCAGUUCUGGGAACACAGGGACACUAAAUGAUUUUCUCAGGGUUGCAUAGUAUAUAGAUACGAAGUGUAGGGUUUUAUGCCCUUAUUUUUCUGGGCCUCCAGAGGUGCAGGUUGGUGCUUUGGCACAUGUCUCCCAGUGUUAAGCAUAAUUUCAUUAGAGUUUGCUCCUUUUUGCAAUAAAUCGUCUCCCUCUUUCCCAGUAGAAAUUUGACAUCCAUUAUUAAAUGUUCUCAUUUUAUUGGGACAGAGUUGAAUUAUUCAGCUUAACAUAACUUUUACUGCUGCUGUUAGGACAGUCGGAUGGUGCACUCCAUCAAAUUCUGACUGUUAAGUAAUAAUUUAUACUCAAUAAUUGUGAGUUAUUAAAAAAGAGAGAGAGACAUUGAUAUGAUGCUUUGGGUG